AUGAGUGAAAAGCUGGUUGAUGAAUUUCAUUCCAAGCUGGAAGAGGGCUUGAUCCUCGCCAUCGGGAGAGACUAUGACCUCGACAACCGGGAGGAGUUCGAGACGGUUCGAAGGGUUCUCCAGGAACUGGCAAAGAAUGUGCCUGACGAGGAAGCGUCCAGCUUCGCCGCUAAUGGCUCGGGCCAAAACGUGAAAGCCUUCGCGCGUGAUUCCUCUUCCUCUACUGAUCCCACGAGUAGUCACAGAGCAUUUCAACGCCAGGAACCCUCCGGCACCGAUCAGUCGGUGGACGAUUGCUGUCUCUACAGCGACGACGCGGCGGGAGGCGAGCGGGUUGAGAUCUCUCGUGUGAGCGCUUUCGAUCAUGAGAGCGAAGAUGCAAAGUUCGCUCAGCUGGCGUCGAUGUUUCCGGGCUUAGAGCUGCGGAAAAUCGGGGACGCGCUGAAGCGUGCUGCGGGUGAUUUCCCGGCGGCGAUGGAUGAGCUCCUCGCGGUUGUGUAUGUUGAAGAGACGGAGGAAAAGACGCCGGCUAUUGAUGCAUUUUUUAAGCCUGAGGAUGAAAAUAACGGCUCUCAGUCGAGAUCGAAGAAAAGGAAGGGAAAGAAGCGAGGCAAGGGUAAAGGUGAUCUCGGAGAGAAAGAAAUGAAUGACAUUCUGUUCCUUACUGAAAGGCUAGACAUACCCCACGAGAUGGCUACGGCGGCCUAUCUCGGGAGCGGCAGGUCACAGGCCGCGGCAACAGUCGUUAUUUUGGACGACUAUAUCCGCGAAGGCGUGGAGGCCCAGGGCGAAGAUGCCCAAGGCCGAUUGAGAAACCUCCAACGUGACCACAAGCACGUUCCCAUCGAGUAUCUCUCCUCCAUCAUCCAGGUAGCGGGCCCCAUUGAAGAAUGGCAAAACGAUGUUGCCGGGUUGCUCAACAAACACUUCUCCGAUAAGGAAAAGGGCCCGCUGUCGAUUUCGUACACCUUGACGCCCAUUGAGGAUGAAGUUGAGGAUGGGUAUUCUGUCGUCACUUCAAAGAAAGGUCCAAAAUCCAGACAGGCCAGUGGUCGUGAUUCCCAAGUGUCCUCGUCGAACCGGGUAACCGCCCUCGGAACAUUAGCAUCCGCUUCGCCGAUUGGCGGCUUCAGAAUGGGAAAAUCCGGUCCUGUGUACUCCCAGACAAAUUCCGCCUCUUCUUCCAAUACAAUCAUGGAGCUCAGACAAAUGGCACGUCAAGCCAGGACCGAAGCUGCCCACCAAUUGGUCAACCAGCGACGCACGGAGAAUUCCAUCGACCUCCACGGUGUCACCGUUAAUGACGGUGUUCGAAUUGCUUUAGAUUCUGUUAGAUCAUGGUACGAUAACCUCGACGGGGAGUACAAGGCGCGCGAGGCAAAGAAGGGGUACACGAUCAUCACUGGUCGUGGCCUUCAUAGCCAAGGCGGCGUCUCUCUCUUGAGGAAGGCCCUGUUGCCUCAACUUGUAAAUGCAGGAUGGAAUGUCCAAGUUGGGACUGGCCUAUUUACCAUUUAUGGGCGCCUGCAGAAGUAA